CACUAACUAGUCAAAAACAAAAAUAGUUGAAGUCAAACCUUCAACUUCAAAAUUUCAGUCCUAAUUGCCCCCUUUUUUUGAGCAUUUUACUGUCGAAAUUCAAGUCGUACAUCUCCAUCCAAAUUAUCAGUUGCCAAAGAGUCAUGGCGUUCGUUUGUCCAGAGAAGAGCCAGAAGCGGCAGAACCUCCUGAAGGAUCUCAAGUGUCUGGUGGAUAAUCUGAGCGGCGGCGACACAUCUUGCUGUCCCCCCUGUGGCCCGUCAGUAAACAGUUGUCUUGGUCCGGUAAUUGAAAUUUACGAUCCCUUACCGAAAGCUUGUUUGCCUAUUUGCAGCCCAGCAGGCUGUUGCCCCCCAGCAUGCUCUCCGCCAGGCUGCUGUCCCCCACCGGGCUGUUGCCCCCCGCCCGGUUGUUGUCCACCGAGAUGCACCCCGGGCACGUGUCCACCCCCAAACGCCUCGGUUCCCAUUCAAUCGCCACCCCCGCAACCGAUCUGCGUGCCGCCCAUUUUACCGGUGUGCACUCCGGUGCCACCCCCGUGCGUUCCCAUUUGCAAUCCGAACCCGGAACCGCAGCCCUGCGUCCCCUGUAACCCGCCCCAGAUGAUGGUGUGCUAUCGCAGACCGAAAAAAGGCCCCAAAGAGCCUCGCAGCAAGAGUCGCGAACUCAGGGCGAGCAUUUUGCACGUGGGUUGCGAUUGCGAGAAGCAUAACGGUUUGCAAGACGAUUGUCCCCGCUCGGAGUGCCACGGUUCUCCCGAAUGUUUGACCAAACCGGACCCCACUUGCGGCCCCUCGGAGUUUGCCGACGGCAAACACUUGGGUAAAAAGGGGUACAACGGUCGGGACAAGGACCUGGAGGAGUACCAGUGCUAUCCUGCCUACGUUCGCUUGCCCACCUGCGCUCCGUGCAACGGAGACAGCGGAAAUGGCGGCGGAGGCUCUUCGGGUGCUGGUUGUCCUCCAUGUGGACCUUGCGGACCUUGUGGCCCAUGUGGACCUUGCGGUCCAUGUGGACCGUGUUGUCCUCCAUGUUGUCCUCCGCCCUGUGUACCCCUUAUCGCCCAAGCGCCGUGUCCGCCCCCGAUUAUUCCCUCGCCGCCGCCAUGUGUCCCGGUGGGACGGGUGGUUCCGGUAUGUCCGGCGGUACCGAUGCCCAUUCCGUGCCCCCCACCGGUCGCUUGCUGUCCCCCCACCAAUCAGAAGCAGUGCUGUCCUUGCCCGCCGCCCAUUUGCUAUCCGGCGCCCUGUCCUUGUCCUUGUUGACCGUCUUAGGGUUGUUGUUGUUGUCAUGUAAAUAAGUGGAAAAUAUUAAAAAAAUGGUGUUUUA